GCCAUCUUGUGAGGCUCGUCGUCGGGGUGUCGUCUAUUUUACGUCUGAUAAAAUAAAGAGAUCUUUCAUACUUGGACGUAAUUAUUUUAUUGAAUUUUUCACUCGAUUAUCACGUGGAAAAAAAAAACUAAUGCUACAGACAUAACUUUCUCGUUUGACUGUGUGAGAAGGGGAGGGAAGUUUCGUUUCAUUUUUUCAUUCGUCACAAGCCGUUCAUUGGGAGUCAAAGGGCUUCACUCCACUUUGUGCGAUUUUCUGCGGCUGAAAAAAAUUGUGUGUGUUGCAGGGUUAUAGGCUGAAUCGCGUCAAUUAGGUGCCUCUGUUCAAGACCAAGGAUAGUCAACGUAUUGAAAGCGAAUUAAAAAGGAUAAAAUAAAGAUUUUGCAAAAUAUAUAUGUACACAUAUAUAGAUAUAUGCCAGGUAUUUUGACGCGAUCCUAUGAACAAUGUCCGUGUGAUUUUACAAUGGGACAGCAGUUUUUUCAACGUCGUCUUUCUGCCCGGAUUAAUCAUCAAAGCCACGGAUCUUCGAUAAAUUGAAUAUAUCGUCGAUUAUCUUCUUGCAUUAACGCACAUUUUAGAACAUCACGCUUGAAGACUGUGGAAAUCCUUUGUCGAGUUCCUGCUAAGAUUAUACUCACUUUCUCCUACACUAUUCAAAAAUGAGUGUAAUAAUCAGACUACAAAACUUGGCAUGGUCAGCAAAUGCCCUUGACAUCCGUCAAUUCUUCCGUGGCCUGAGCAUCCCCGAGGGUGGUGUCCACAUAGUCGGCGGCGAAUUGGGCGAUGCUUUCAUAGCGUUCAGCACUGAUGAGGAUGCCCGUCAGGCAAUGAUGCACGACGGUGGAAAGAUCAAAGAGAUGAAGAUAAAACUUUUGCUAAGUUCUCGUACGGAGAUGCAGAAGGUGAUUGAAGCAGCGCGUCAACAAACUCUGUCACUCCAGUCGUUUAUGCAAACGCCAGUGGCACCAGUGCCCCAACAAUCGGGAGUUCCCUUAGCCAAUUCCCAGCAACUCCAGCAGAAGUCAUCGCCGGCGGUUGAAUCAAAACGCGACAAAGAACGUGACAAUGAGAGUGAAACGACCAAAGAUCGUAAAGACCGUAGGGAUCGUUCAAGAUCACGGGAUAGAUCGAAGUCGCGCGAUCGUGACAGAGACAGGGACAGGCGCGAUCGGGGUAGGGAUAGACGUAGACGAGACAGGAGUAGAUCGCGAGACCGCGAUCGUCGAGAUCGUGGCAGGCGCCGUAGAGAUCGUUCACGAGAUCGUACACGCUCACGUGAUCGAGACAGCAAGCGUAGUUCCCACAGUGAUAGGCGUAAAGAUAUACAGGAUGAUGAUAAUAGCGAAGUGGUUAUUGUCGGCUCAUUCCCCAAAGAUCAGCAAAGCGGAAGCAAAGGUUCUGGAAAAAAAGGGAAUGCAUCUGGGGGAAAUAGCAUCGAAAAUGGGAUCUGGGAAGUUCCUCCGCAGAGUCAAAUGCCAUUAAUUAUAGCACCGGGAAUACUUGGCGCAGGUAUUGCGGCGCUUCCAGAGACAGAAAGGUCCAUGAAUUUCCCAACAGUUGGACAAACACCUCUCAUGCAACCCAAUCAAUUUCAAACCCUCAAUGGUAUUAACGGGGGCAUUCAGACACCUGCGAUUAAUUCACUCAAUCUUAACUCAUUACCAUCGUCCUUGGGAUUAUCCAGUAUUAAUUCAUUGAAACGUGACAAUCAGUGGUCGAGUGAUCGACCACCACGUUUGAGUGACAUAAGAUUCCCUGUCAGAUCCACUGGCUUUGAUAAUUUCCCAAGCUUUGGAAAUACUAAUUUCAGAGCCAACUCAAGGGCAAAUUCUCAUUUAUUGAGUAAGAUGCAGGAGUUGGAUGGUAGGAGAAAUCCCCAUGCUUUUCAGACGAGUUCCUCUACUCCUUAUGAUGCUUUCCCUGGUAAUUCUGAGAGAGCAAAGUCGAGAAAUGUUGGCAAUGGUGUGAGGUUCGAUAAAUCGGGAGGUCACUGUAUCGAAGUUCGUAAUAUGCCAUUGAAUGCGACUUACGGAGAUGUUCGACAUGCAUUCCAGGGAAUCUACAUCCGCAAAGAUGGUUUGAAACUCAUCAACGACACUCAAGGCAACAGAGUAGGAAUAGCUUAUAUCAGAUUCCUCAAACCCGAGGGGAAAGAAUUGGCUCUCAGUGUCCCUCGUUUUAUCCGUGGCUCGGAGGUCGAGGUUUGCUCACUCGAUGAAACUCUCUUCGACAAAGCUGUUGACUCUUACGUUCCCGAACGCGAAAAACCCGAUGAAAAUCCUGAGAGCAUUACCAAUGAUUCUCGAAACUCAUGUAUUUUACUUGCCGAUCUCCCCUCUUUUACCAAAGAAGCAGACAUUGCCAAGGAAUUGGAUGAAUGUAAAAUAAAUGAUCUUUUCAUAACAUCAAAAAAAGACUCAAGCGGUACACCCCAGUACAUGGCUUAUGUACAAUUUUCUAGGGCUGAGGACGCUAAAGCGGCGUUAACGAGCCCAUUGAAAAUAGGGCCAAAAGCGAUAACAGCAAUGUCGAUAAGCGAUGAUAAAUUUUCUCAAGCCAAACGCACCCAUGAACAGGAGACCCUUGGAGAGGCUAGUACUCCCGAUUGUAUUAUCAUGCGGGGAUUGCCUUUCCAGGUGAUUGAACGUGAUAUCCAAGACUUUUUCUCAGACAUUGGAAUUGUACCACGUAGAAUUCAUAUGAUGUUGAAUAAUCACGGAUCACCGGCGGGCGAGUGUUUCUGCGAGUUUGAGAGUGCUGAGGAGGCCGUCAGGGCAACGGGCAAGAGUGGACUCCCAAUGGGAAAGAAUUUUCCUACUAUUGAGCUUGUCGCGAGAAAUAAAAUGUUGGAUAUGUUGGGCAAUGCAGAUACACAGUUUGUAGAAACGCAGCAGCCUUUUCCUUUACCCCUUCAGGAGCGUCCGAGGUUCUCACCGAUGGGGAAUCAUCCACCCAGGUUUGGAAACGGAGGGUUUGGUCUUCCUAGGGGACCUCCUGGCAUCAUGGCGCUUCCCAGACACAUGCCCAUCAAUAGACCGGGUCCUCCUGGGUCCUCUCUUGAUUACGUCGAGGGCUUUGGUAAACCUGGUUGUGUUCUUUCUCUUGAGAAUGUACCCUUCAAAGCUGACAUCAAUGAGAUCAUUGAGUUCUUCAGAGACUUUGAUGUCAAGAGAGAAAAUGUCAUUAGAAGAUACAACGAGAAGGGUAUGCCCACUGGCGAUGCCAGAGUGGCUUUUUCAUCGCCCAAUGAAGCUCAACGAGCCUUGAGAGAGCUCAGACACUGCAAAGUUAGGGACAGAACGAUCUACUUGAAACUAGCAUGAAUGGAUUCAAUAGGCAAUCUAUAAAACACGACAGAACAAAUUUAUUUUCCAUACCUUGGUGAAAAUAAAACUAUCUCGAUAAUGACGCGUUUUUAGAGAAAAAUUCGAGGCACUUUUUUGGGAUUUUUGCUUAUUUACGACAAAGGUCUUUUGACAUUUGCUUUAUAAUCACUCAUUAUUGAAGUAUUUAUGUAACUGUGAAGAUUGGCAUAUUUGGAUUAACACGUUUCAGCAAAUUACUAAACGGUUAAAUUGAAGUAGGAUGCAUCGAUUGUUUCUAGUUUUCCUUACAUUGGAAAUGUAAUUAAGUAUUUGUAUAUAGAGUUUAGAUGCCAAUAUGCAAGGACGAACUUAUAUUCAUUUCUUUUAAUUUGUUUUAUCAUGAUGGUCCAAUUCGGGAGAAUGACACCGACAUUACUAAAGUUUUCAGACUUUAAUUACACAGCUGGCAUCAUUAUUAGUCAUAUCUCGUAGAAAUACAGAAAUAUACGAAUGUAAGAUGGUGGAGAAGGGAAUAGUGAAUAGUGCGAAAUAUUGAUUAAAUAAUUUACUGAAUUUUGUCUUGAUUGAUUUUCCAUUUUUCUGCCUCAUUCUCUUCUACAUACAUGUAUCAUACUUAGGCAUAAGUAUUUGUGAAUUAUUGAAUGAGUAUAUCUGAGGAGUAGAAUUAAGUUAUUCAUCAAUUGUAAAAAUAUGAUAAUUUAAUAAUUGACUUAUUUUGUUAUUUUCUACACCUGUUAAUAUCAUAACAGCAGUUACCCGUUUAAUGGACCGAGAACAUAAUGGAAAACCUAUCCCUAUGAAAUGUAAUUGAUCGUUAGUUUGAGAAAGUAAGGGCGAUAAAAGAAUGAGUGUAUCUGAAGUAAUACAAGAAGACCUUGGUUACUUGAAUAAAAAUUUAUAUUUGAGACACGAA